CAUCAGUCAAAUCAAAGCUAGGAGCCGAGGAGUGUGAGAGAGAGAGAGGGAAGGAAAGGAAAAGAAAGGCCUCGCCUCGCCUCCUCCUCGGACUCCGGCCGGCGAGCCACCUCACCUCACCGCCGUCGGCUCAAGCAAGCGGAAAGAGAAGCAAGCGGGCAUGGCAGAGGAGGCAAUUAAUGAGAGGGUACAUAACAUCCAGGGAUUGAGUUGAGGUCAACAAACUGGGAUACACUAGCAAAGGGAAGUGAGUCGAGGCACGAGUUCCUGCACCGAUGGUGAUAGCAUCUGGAGCUGUCGACAGGGGGCACCUGUCGCCCUUUGCCACACUGCCAGAAUCAUCAUCCUCGUCAUUCUUCUCAGAGGAUCUCGUCCCUGCUGAGAGGCAAGUCGGAUUUUGGAAACCAGAGCCAAUGGUUGACCACAAAGGAAGCAAGUCAGCUUUCGCUUCUCCACUUGACAAGGUCCAUUCCAUGGGCGCAAAUCCUGUUGGUGGUUUGGAACAUCCACGAGGGCAAGCCUUCAAGGGCCAACUGGACAUGCUUAGCCUUGGUAGUUUGAUGGGGCAAGAAGAAAAUACUUCAAGCCUACCAUCAAUUUCGUGGGAUGAUAUCCUCGGUAGCUCCAGAUCCAGUCUUGGCUCAUCUACUAGAGGGACAGCUUUUGUUGAACCAACUAGUGCUGACCAACAUGUGCAUGAUUACGGAAACUACCUUUCAUCCAGCUCCUUAUCUGAAGUGUUCAUUAGCAAAUCAAGGAUGAUGGUACAUGGCGUUCCUGGCCAAUCUGCUGAUGCAAUUAACUCUGGUUGCGAGGGAGAUGAACCUCUAGGGUCCAUGAAAGAAAUGGAAGCUCAAACUAUUGGAGACCUCCUUCCUGAUGACGAUGAUUUGAUAUCUGGAAUCGCUGAUGGCUUCGAAUGCACUGGCUUGUCUAACCAGGAUGAUGCUGAUGAAGAUAUAUUCUACAGUGGAGGAGGUAUGGAGCUAGGGAAUGAUGAUUCCAGCAAUAGUGACAAAUUUCAUGAAAGAUCCUUUGAGUGUCAACUUUCUGGGAAGCACUCUAUUAGUAAACACCCUUCCAGAGCUCUCAUUGUAAAAAAUAUUAACCCGAGCAUUGAAGAUUCUGAGCUAAGGGUUCAAUUUCAGGUUUCAACCCUUUCAUCAUUCUCUAUUGAUAUUUCAUUUUGCUUUAUUAAAUGCUGUCCUUCGGGGCUCAGAUAUGUAACAUCCUUCCAUAUGGACCUCCAGCAACAUGGGGACAUACAAGCUCUCCACACGUCCUGCAAGAACCAUGGAUUUGUUACAGUGUCUUACUACGACAUAAGAGCUGCACAGAAUGCAAUGAGAGCACUUCAUAACACAACUCUGGGGCUGAUGAACCUUGAUGUUCAAUUUUCCAUUACUAAGGAAAUUUUUCUAAACAGAGAUGCCAACAACGGAAUACUGGCUGUAUCUAUAUUUGACUCAUCCAUAUCCAACCAUGAUCUUCUCCAAAUAUUUAGUGUUUAUGGUGAUGUCAAGGAGAUUUGCAAGGCCCCUACAGGAAGCAAUAAGAUAUUUGUAGAAUUCUAUGAUGUCAGAGCAGCAGAAGUAUCGCUAAAUAACCUUAACAAGGGUGAUAUGUCAUGCUCAAAAAUCAAGGUUGAGCAUAGCCGUUCUGGAGGAGCAGGAUUAUGCUUCACGGAGCAAUGUUCUGGAGAAUGGAAGCAGGAAACUGUAACUCACCAACUUAAGAACUCUCCACCUGGGACUAUUGGAAAGUCAGACCCUAUAAGUUGGGAGAACGGCACCAUUCAUAAUUUAUAUACUCCAGUUAGACCACAGCUCCAUGGCUUCUCUGUGAAUGGUUCUCAGAAGUUAUCAUCACCUAUCAGAAUUGAACAUGUACGUCAGCACAACAAUCAAGCUACCCUUGGUGAAUUUAAUGGGUCGCUCGGUCAUGGAAGCUAUGGACGUGGACUGCAAGCCUUCCACCCACACUCACUGCCAGAGUGUCAUAACAGCAUUUGCAAUGGCAAGUCCAUGACAUUAAGUACCAGGAAUUCGAGCUUCAGGCUAACUGAAGGAGUGGACUAUAAUAACCAACAAAUUUGCUCCAGUAAUCAUCAUGGUCAUUCCUCUGAUCAAAGUGAAGCACUUGGAGUUACUGAAAUUGGAAGUUGCCCCCUUCAUGGACAUCUCCACACCUGGAAUAACUCAAAUGGUUUUCCUCAGAGCCCCUCUACCCCAAUGUUGUGGUCCAACUUCCAUCAACCAAGGAAUAUGCAUGGUUAUCCUGCCAUGCCACCUCAUAUGCGGAACACUGGUGCUCAUCCUAUGGACCAACAUCACCUGGGUUCAGCUCCAAGCAAUAUUGGUGGUUUUGCAAAUGUACAUUCCUUUCAUCCAGGAUCACUUGAAAACGUAGGGUUUCCUGGUAGCCCUCAACUCUAUCCAUCAGAUCUCUCUGUAUUUACACCUACUAGAGGAAAUUACAGGGAGACCAUGUUCUCCCCUGUAAAUGCUGGGUUUCCGUCACUUCAACAAAUAUUUCAUGCAACCAACGGAAGGAGUCCAAUGAUGUGUGUUUCUACUUCAUAUGAUGCCACUAAUGAUCGGAUCAGGAGCCGCAGGCAUGAUGGAAAUGCUGCCCAGUCUGAAAACAAGAAGCAAUUUGAGCUUGACCUUGACCGGAUUGCGAAGGGUGAAGACUCGCGCACCACACUGAUGAUAAAAAACAUUCCUAACAAGUACAACUGUAAGCUACUUUUGGCUGUAAUUGACGAGAAUCACCGAGGAACAUAUGAUUUCAUCUAUCUUCCAAUUGAUUUUAAGAACAAGUGUAAUGUGGGCUAUGCUUUCAUCAAUAUGAUUGAUCCACAGCACAUAAUUCCAUUUUACAAGACAUUCAAUGGCAAGAAAUGGGAGAAGUUCAAUAGUGAGAAAGUGGCAUCACUUGCAUACGCCAGGAUCCAGGGAAGGAAUGCUUUGAUUGCCCAUUUUCAGAAUUCUAGCCUAAUGAAUGAAGAAAAAUGGUGUCGUCCUAUGCUUUUCCACAAAGAUGGUCCAAAUGCUGGAGAUCAGGAGCCUUUCCCUGUGGGGAACAAUGUCCGGACUCGGUCUGGGAGAAACAGACCGCUCACUGGUUCAGACACUAAUGAGGGAAGUCCAUUGACCUCACCUAACUAAGAAAAGCGUAGCGAGAGAGCCCAGUUCAAGUCUGCUCCCAACUGGGGAUAAGUAAUGUUUGAUCACUAACUGGAGGCUGAAGAACCUGUAAUAAACCAUUCCCUGUUUUGAUUUCUUUUUCUUUUUGUCCUCAUCGGCAAGGCUGUGACAUGAGUUCGACGAUUAGCAAGAACUCUGCUCUGCAUGGGCCUGCUGAAGAUUCACCCUAAAUUAUGCCUGAGUUUUGCCUUACAUCGAGCAACCUAUAUGUACGGAGAAGAGCAAGCAGGUGGAGCAGAAAUGGUAGAGGUGCUGUGUUUCCGGCGUUCAGGCGGGUGAAAAUGAGUUUGUACAGCAGAAUUAUCGAGAUUGUGAUACGCUAAUGAAGUUGAAUUGUUUGUUUUAUGGUCA